AUGAGUCAUUGUUUCAAGUUGUUUAUAUACUGUACGGAUCAGCUGACAGAGUUUUGUAUCUUCUUCAGCCACCAACACCACUGACACUCGCAGGAUGGAGUGGACAAGUAUCUUCCAGAUGAAAGCAGAGAGUCUUAAACAAGGAGACUCCUGGCGUCUGGAGUUUGAUGACAGUCUUGUGCCUGACUGCCCAAACCCUGGCUGGGAGCAGUACAUCAGGAACACAGGUGCAAGGUUCAAAUGCACCAUGUGUGGAAGAGGCUGGCCUUCCAACCGGGUGAUGGUGGUCUUCCACAUGCGCCUGUCCAACGGGCAGGGCAUUGUCAAGGUGAGGCGCUUCCGUCAGAACUGCAAGAUGUGCACCGAAGCUCCAAUGGAAAUGCCCGAAAUCGACUCUGAGAACAUCAACAUCCUUCUGGAGAAUCUGGUGGAGAAGAUAAGAAUCAAAUGCUACCAUGAAGACCUGGGCAGAGGGAACAGGCCUUUUGUAAACCUGGAAGUCAAGAGUCCCCAUGAGCCUGCUCAUUGUGAGGCCUGUAAGCAAGGCAUCUGUGCAAGGAGUUAAACUUGUGUAACUUUUAAGUCAGACUUUUAUUAAUUGAAGGAAAAAUUGAUAUUUGUCUCAGGCUGUCUUGUAUUUAUUCUUGAAGGUUUUUAAAUUUUAUUAAUAGUUUCAAUUAAGUUCUAUGCCUGUAGCUCAUAUAAGCAAAGCAUGUAAGCUUUUAUAUUUAUUCUUACUGGCAGUUUUCUUUAACAUUUACAUUUGUCUGCUCAAUGCAUUAAAAAUGAAUUCUUAAAAACAGAAAUGUAACAGAUAAAUAAAGAGUUUACAAGCAAUACACUAAA